AAUAUCAAAGAUUGUCACAUGAAUUCCUAGUGAAAUAAAUUUAAGCACUGAAGCCACACUACUUAUAUUUAAUUGGUCUUUUGAACGCUAUUUCUUUAGAAAAUAAGAUUUAUGUUGGCAAAUCAGAAUCAACUCAUAUGGUUAGAUGUUCAGAAUUUUUUUCUUUCAGCCAUUCGCAGAUUUUAAAGUUGAUAAUGAUAGUUGUCCGCUGAUAAUUACAGACCUAUAUAAAUAUGUUUCCUUUAAACAAAAUUUUCAAGAUCAGAACAAUGAGUAAUAAAUGUGGUUUGAAGAGUGGAGCCAAUAUGACUAAGUUCAAAGUUGUUAUGGUCAGACAUGGAGAGAGUGAAUGGAAUCAAAAAAACCUUUUUUGUGGUUGGUUCGAUGCAAACUUGAGCGAAAAAGGUGAAAAGGAGGCUAAGGAAGGAGCUAUAGCCCUGAAGAAUAUGGAAUAUCAGUUUGAUUUGGCUUACACCUCUGUUCUAACCAGAGCUAACCGAACUUUAGAUAUUAUUUUACAAGAGCUUUGUCAAACGAAUAUACCAAUUGUCAAAUCAUGGCAUUUAAAUGAGAGACACUAUGGAGGGUUGACAGGUUUAAAUAAAGCUGAAACAGCUAAAAAGUUUGGUGAAGCCCAGGUAAAAAUAUGGAGAAGAAGUUACGAUACCCCACCACCAAAUAUGGAACCAGAUCACAAGUAUUAUGACACUAUUGUAAAUGACCCUAGAUAUAAAGAUGGUCCACCUAAAGAUAAAUUUCCAAAGGCUGAGUCACUCAAGUUAACAUUAGAACGGACACUGCCAUUUUGGACAGAUACAAUUGUUCCCCAAAUAAAGGCUGGUAAAAAAAUUAUUAUUGCCGCUCAUGGUAACAGCUUGAGAUCACUUGUGAAGUAUAUUGAUAAUAUAUCUGAUGAUGAUAUAAUGGCUCUCAAUCUACCAACUGGAAUACCAUUUCAGUAUGAAUUUGAUGAAUGCAUGAGACCUGUUGUGUCUAUGAAAUUUCUUGGUGAUGAAGAAACUGUUAAGAAAGCAAUGGAAGAGGUUGCUAACCAAGGAAAAGCUAAGUAAUGUCCUUUUAUGAAAGGCACAACUGAAAAUGUACCAUAAAUAAAGAAAUAGUUAGUAAAUUUAUUUUUGCAAAGGUAAUCAUUAAUAAAACUGCUCACAAACAUU